CACACGGACUCUGGCGAGGGAACACGUGUGCAUGCAACAUGCACACAUUCUGGCCCCGCCUACGAGAUCCGCCGGGUGGUACAUCCGCGUUCGACAGUCAGAGACCGUCUACCACCUCCGCACAGCGCACGGCGACCGAUCAGGAGACCGAAGAGUCUACUACUGCGGCCACCGCAACUGCCUAAACUGUACAUAGAAGAAUAUUUGGUUUCCUCCAAGAUACCUUCUU